AUGUCGACUUUUUUCUACGGUCACCAGCAACAGCACCAGCACCAGCACCAGCAACACCCGCACCAUGGCGCCGCCGCCCACAUGACGAACUCAAACAACCACCAUGGAGGUCGUUCUCGCCGAGGACCCAAGAUGGCCUCGCAAAAUGCCCAGCGCCAGUUCCGCGGUGUAAAGAGCAUGAGGGAGCUUGCCGAAGCCCCCGCCGUGACCGCUUUCCGUGCACGAUUUGAGGCCGGUCGGUCGUUCGAUCUCGACGACGAUCUGGAGUUCUGCCCUGGCCUCCUGACCGAGGACGAUUUGCACUCAAUCCACUCCGCCUCCUCGGAUCGGUCGUCGCUCUCCAGUGGAUCGCCAGACACGUCUCCUCUUCAGCACCAGAUCCAGCCUGUCCAGCAGGUGACGCCUUCCAUCUCUCUGUCGCCGGCGUCCUCCAACUCCUACGUGCACUCAGGGGUUACUGGUAACCUCAGUCACGUGAACUUCCAGCAGCCGUCCGCAGUUCGCACCCGCAAGGUCAUCCCGAUCGUCAACCCGAAUACCGGCAUGACGCUCACGAGCCCGCCCACGUCGAUCUCGCCGGCCUCGAUGCAGAACGUCCAGCGCCGAUGGUGAGAACCGCGAUCUGGCAGGUCGCCGUUCCAUCCGGCACCGGGCCUCUUCCGCUCAUGGCAUAUUCUCCACGUCUUCCGGCUUCUACAUCAUCGGGCUUCCUAACCGCGGGUCAUAAUUUUUAUUGCUUUGUUUUGCUUCUGUUCGACACGGCCAUCGCAUUCUUACGAUCUAACUGAAAUCCCCCUUUUACCUCUUUUUGGCUCGCGAGCGCAAAAUCAGCAAAGGAUAAACCAGUGAUUCUCUGUAUAUACACCUCUCCUCCGAUGACGACCUCGAACACUUAUACCUAGACGAUGCUUUCGGCUUCCUGCGAGCGACGGCG